UUUAUUUAUUUCAGGCAUGUAAAUAAACAAAAAAUCUACUUUUCAUGGAUCCCAAAGAAAAUAAAAUUAUUUUAACUUAUUUAAAUGGAACUGGUUUCAUUUUUAAUUCAAAAGAUUACAUGACAGUGAGAAAAAACCAUAGAAUUAUUGGUUCAAUGGUUGGAACAAGUUGCUCACGAGGAUGGUCUGGAAAUAGUACUUGUCUUCCUGUUGAAUUAACCAAAUAUGAAACGCAAUUGUUGAUUGAGAAAGGCAUCGCCGAAUUGGUUAGUAAAACUGAAUCUCUCCUCCGCCCACCGACAGAAGAAGAUGUUGAAAUGUACAAAAAAGAAACUGAAUCAAGACUUCAGAGCCAGGAAGAACAUUUAAAAGACGGUAAGGUCAAAGAAUCAUUGCAUUAUAUUGACAAAAUUAUUUAUGGGAAAAGAAAAAAGCUUCUAAAAUCAGGAGUUCUGGAAAAAGACAUAAAACUAUCAAAAGAAGAAGUUCUACAAGAAAUCAGAGAUAGUGUACAAUACGAUCGAAAGAAUGCCUUAGUUGAAAUUCAUUGUGAACAUCCAAGAAUUCAUGAGGGAACUUUGAUGACCCUCCCAGAAGAUAAUUCUUUAAAAUAUAGAGUUUUUAAAGAUUUCUGGGAACGUGGCAAGUUUGUGACGUGCGGUGAAGCAUUCGGAGCAGAUUUCAUUGUCUAUCCUGGUGAUCCAAUUGUCUUCCAUGCUUCUCAUAUUGUUAUUGUUUUAGACAAGCCUACAAUCAAUCCAUUGCAGUUGAUUGCAAAGGUGAGAUUGUCAGUUAUUGUUAAUAAAUUGUGUGUAUUUGCUUAUGAGGGUAAGGAAGGUGAAUUGUCUUAUCAAACUGUUCAAUGGGAAGGAAAUAAAGAUGAUAGAAAACUUUAGCAAAAUA